AUGGCAGCCAUCCCGGCAAAAAGACAGCCGCUGCUUCUCAUCACCUACCCGCGCUCCGCCUCCAACUUGCUGGUCAAGAUCCUCAACCUGCCCGAGCAGCCGCAGGUCACCUCGCGCGACAGCGGCGGGUACUUCUUCUUCCCUGCCGCCGCGAGCAUGAACCGGGCCGGGCUGCUGCGCCGCCUACCGCGGGACUGGACCGCCGACGAGGCCGACUUGCUGCGGCGCAGGUAUCAGGCGUGCUACGACGAGCUCCAGCAGCUGCUCGACGAAGCGGACGAGCAGGGCAAGAUGGCCGUGACUAAGGAGCACGCGCCGUUCAUCACCUCGCCCGCCUUUGUGCCCGACUUCCUCCACGGGACCCGAGACGCCGCCGCGCCGUGGAGGGUGCAAGUGCCGGAGCGAGCUGCGGCGGCCACCGCCGAGUGUCCUCCGCCGGGCCUGAGCGGCAACCCCUCCGUCCUGCCAGAUGCGCUGCUGCUGCGCUGCGUGCCGGCCUUCCUCAUCCGCCACCCUGCGCUCGCUUUCCCAUCGUGGCACCGCGUGGUGCUCUCGUUCUGCGACGGCGACGCGGCCCGGCUGGAGCGCGAGAUGGUGCCGUUUGCGGCACUGGGCUGCACGCUCCGCUGGACGCGGCAGCUCUACGACUGGUACGCAGCCGCGUCGGGCAAGGAACCGGUCAUCUUAGGCGCCGACGACAUGCUCCGCGAUCCGGAGGUGAUCCGGCGUUUCUGCGACCUCGUCGGGUUGGACAAGGACAAGGUGCGGUUUCGGUGGGAGCCUGUAACUGAGGCAGAGCAGGGCCGGGUGAGUGCUGCGGGUGCAAAGACGCGCGUCACGUUGAACGCAUCGUCGGGCAUCGCGGAAGGCAAGACCUUUGAGGGGCUGAGUAUUGAGGGAGAGGUGGAAAAGUGGAAGGCCGAGUUUGGCGAGCUUGUCGGGAGCAGGAUUGAGGGCUGGGUGCGGGAUGCGAUGCCCGAUUACGCGUAUCUCGUUGGCAAGAAGCUGCAGGCUAACGUCUGA